AUGAACUUUGUAUAUUUACACCAGAGCCAAGGAAUGCAAGUGCAAAGUGAGCCCAGGCGCAGCCCCUCUCCCGGAACAGGGCACGCCCUCCUUCCAGGCGCGGCCCCACUCCCAGAAGAGGGCGCGCCCUCCUUCCAGGCGCGGCCCCUCUCCCAGAACCGGGCGCGCCGUCCUUCCAGAGGCAGCCCCUCUCCCAGAACAGGGCGCGCCCUCCUUCCAGGCGCAGCCCCACUCCCAGAAAAGGGCGCGCCCUCCUUCCAGGCGCAACCCCUCUCCCAGAACAGGGCGCGCCCUCCUUCCAGGCGCAACCCCUCUCCCAGAACAGGGCGCGCCGUCUUUCCAGAGGCAGCCCCUCUCCCAGAACAGGGCGCGCCCUCCUUCCAGGCGCAACCCGUCUCCCAGAACAGGGCGCGCCCUCCUUCCAGGCGCAACCCCUCUCCCAGAACAGGGCGCGCCCUCCUUCCAGGCGCAACCCCUCUCCCAGAACAGGGCGCGCCCUCCUUCCAGGCGCAACCCCUCUCCCAGAACAGGGCGCGUCCUCCUUCCAGGCGCAGACCCUCUCCCAGAACAGGGCGAGCCCUACUUACACGUGCAGCUCCUCUCCCAGAACACGGUGAGUCAUCCUUCCAGAGACAGCCACUCUCCCAGAACACGGAGAUGCUACCUGAACCUGUGGUGACAGAGGAAGGGGACAGGUUCUGCCUGUGAGAGAUCCCAGAGAUGGGGUAGGACGGCAAAGGUCUCUCUUCUUAUCCCAGCUUCAUUGCCUAAAACCUAUGUGUGAUACUGAAAGAAAAAUGAUAAAUAUAAAUGUGGUUAUUUAACUAUUGCUCUCAUAGCAAUAAAGCAGUCUUUCUACUAAGGCAUCAGGAAAUCCUAGAAUAACAGAAAUGACUGAAAGUGGGAGGGCUAGAGGUGGUUGUGUGAGGAUACACGAGAAUGUUUUAACAAUUAAAAAGAAUAAACACAAGUUCUUUGACCAGAAAGUUCCAUUCUGGAGCUAGGAGGUGACUCUGAGAGGUCACACAGGACUUUGAGAGUCGUGGUCAUUAACAACCUAGAAAUAAGGCUUCAGUGCGUGGCAAAAACGAAACAAAAAAUUCCGACCAAAAUAACUAAUGCAGACGCUAAAGAUAAUAUUGAAUAACCUUCAACACAAAGACCGAAACACCACCAUAGAAUUUAUUUUUGCUUUAUUAACAAUGUGGCUUACAAUUAUUUUUCAAGUAAAAAGGUUUUUUUUUUCAUUUAGAAUAAAAAUUAAAAUAUAACUCUGAUAUAGAUUUUCAUUUAUUUACAUGAAAACAUAUAUACAGAAUACAAUCUUACAGCAAACCAAAAGCAUGCCCUUCGUCCUGCAAAUUUCAAAAGUAACGACACCAAUUUUUCCCUUUUAUGCACCAGAAACAUACACAAGAUAGGAAUCCAAUUUCAAUACAAACUAUU